AUGUGGGCUAAGAAAUGGUUGCAACUGGGAGUUAUACUGCUACUUUCAAGAGUCGUUUCGACACAUCCAAUUAUAUUAGGCCAGUCAACUCUCGAGGAUCCCAGGUUCUUCCACAGACUUGGCACAGAUCACAAUAUUGAAAUAGAUCCAUUAAAGCGCCAACCAACACUCGACCCUGAUACAAGUUUCUUGAAAGUUGGCCAUAACGGCGCCAUCAGCUCUGAUCUUCAGAUCUGCAGUAAUUUAACAAUAACAAAUGUGCUCAAGAAGUUCCCGGGUUCGAAUGCUGCAGAUGCUGCUGUGACUCACGCACUCUGUAUCGGUAUGAUCAAUUUCUUCAACAGUGGUAUAGGUGGUGGUGGAUACGCAGUGUUCUCAAGUAAGGAUGAGAACAAGUAUCUGACUGUGGAUUUUAGAGAGCAGGCACCCAGUGGAUCUCAUAAAAAAAUGUUUGAUGGCUGUCCCGAGUGCUCUAAAUUAGGAGGACUCUCUGUUGCUGUUCCAGGAGAGUUGCAGGGUUUAUAUGAGUUAUACGAAUCGAGAGGAAGUGGUGAAGUUACUUGGUUUGAUCUACUCAAGCCCGUAGCAGAUUUGGGAUAUGAAGGUUGGCAUAUUGGUGACGCAUUGGGGGCAGCUUUGAAGUACUACGAACCCUCACUCUUGGCGAUGCGCGAUGACUGGUCAUUCGUCAUUAAUGGUACUGGGAACGGCGUAAAAAAGGUGAAUGACUGGAUCAAUAGGCCUGUGCUUUCUGAUACACUAAUGGAAUUAGCCAGAAACGGAUCUGCUGCUCCAUUUUAUGAUUCAAACCAUUGGAUUGCUCAAUCUAUGGUGAAAUCCAUCACGAAACAUGGCGGUAUAUUGACCCUAGAGGAUCUGGAAAAGUACAAUGUGUCAAAGAGUAAGCCUUUGUCUCUCAAGAUAAGAUCAGGUUUUCAUCAUGCACCAGAUAACGAUUUAAAUGUGCUGACCAGCAGUGGCUCAAGCUCUGGAGCAGCCCUGAUCUCUGCACUUGGUAUCAUGGAUCGAUUGGACUCUGUCGAAGGUGGCGACUACCUGCCGAGGAAAGCGUUCGAACUCGUCGAAGCGAUGAAAUGGAUGGCAAGCGCUCGGAGUAGGUUGGGGGAUUACGAAGGAGAAGAAUUACCAUCACACAUCGAAGAAGUUCUGCAUAAAGAAUGGAUUGAUAAUGCGGCAGGGAGUAUCAAGCAAAGUUGCCUCGACAACGAUCUCAAGACUAUGCGUAAUUGGACUGAUUACAAACCGGCAUAUGAGAUUAACGAUCCACAUGGCACCGCGCAUUUCAGCAUAGUCGACAGUUUUGGCAAUGCAGUUUCCUUGACUACAACCGUGAAUCUUUUGUUCGGUUCACUAGUGCACGAUCCAGCUACUGGGGUUAUAUUUAAUAACGAGAUGGACGACUUCUCUCAGGUUGAAAGAUCUAACAGUUUUGGACUAGCUCCAUCGAUUUACAACUACCCUGAACCAGGGAAGAGACCAUUAUCCUCUGCCGUCCCAACUAUUAUAUUGAAUGAAUUGGGUAUUCCUGACCUCAUUGUUGGCGCAUCUGGAGGAUCUACAAUUACAACAAGCGUCCUACAAGCAAUUGUCAGAAGCUACUGGUACAGGAUGCCACUAUUAGAGACAAUCGCGUACCCUCGAGUCCACCACCAAUUGCUGCCCGAUACGCUGGAAGUAGAGAAUUUGGCAAUGUUGGGGAAAACAGCUAUCAAUACUUUCCACGAGAUGGGGCAUAACACUUUGGAACGGAAUCCAAGAAGUGUUGUCAAUGCCAUCCGUUAUUCCGACGGCGAUUGGCACGCUGUUAGCGAUUACUGGAGGAAAAGAGGUGUAUCAUCUGUAUAUUAG